AUGUCUAAUUACGUCAAUGACAUGUGGCCGGGCUCCCCGCAGAAGGAGCCCCCCUUGACCGACCAUUCCAGCCACCUGUCGUCCUCGAGGUCUAGCAGUCCCUCCUCCCGAAGCUCACCGUCCCCCCAUAGCUUAACUCGCUCGUCGUCCCGCAGUCGGAGCCGACCCCGUAAAAGAGACAAGUCCAGAUCUCGCUCCCGGCGGCGCCACCAGCGGAAGUGCAGGCGCUACUCACGCUCGUACUCCCGGAGCCGCUCGCGCCCCCGCAGCCGCCGCCAUCGCCCCCGAGAGCGGCCCCACGAGGCCUCGCGGAGCAGCCGCCGCUCCCCUCGGCGCUCCCCUCCGCGUUACCGGCCUCGCUCCCGCUCGCAUUCCCGGGGCCGCUCCAGCCACCGGAGGGCGCACGGCCUCGCCCGGGGGCGGCGUUACUACGGCUUCGGCCGCACCGUGUACCCUGAAGACGACCGCAGCCGCAGGGAGAGGUCCAGGAGCAGGUCGCGGAGCCGAACGCCCUUCCGCUUAACUGAGAAAGAUCGAAUGGAGCUGUUAGAAAUCGCAAAAGCCAAUGCAGCGAAAGCUUUAGGAACAGCCAACUUUGACUUGCCAGCUAGUCUCAGAACUGUGCCUGUUUCUAAAGAAACAAACUAUGGGACAAGUAAUGCUGUGAAGUCUGAGCUGUCGGAAAAGUUAACCAAAGAUGGAACUAAAAAUCCAAGUGAAAAAUCUUCCCAGCAAAGAAGCAUAGCUUUUAGCUCUAAUAAUUCUGUAGCAAAGACAAUACUCGGGAAAGAAGCUAAAGCUACUGGAGAAGAGACUUCGGGAUCACCAAAAGUAGAUAAGAAGAAAAGUCCUUAUGUACUGUGGUUACCUGUGUAA